CAUCUAUACUUUGCUUUCGUGCAUAUGCCGCUGUCAAAAAAGUCAGGUCCUGUGCCCCGAACUAGGAAACUUUCAUUUCUAGCUUGCCAGCAAUAACAAUUUCUUUGGUAUUUCAUCGAAGUUCAAAUUCUUCAAACUUUGUGCCGGUGGGUGCAGUUUAUUUCACUGCACUGGAAUUUACAAUAAUCGCUACAAUGAAGUCCCUGUUCAAUGUUGUGCUGUUUCUUCUGCUUGCGGUUUAUCAAUCGCACGCAAUCAUGUUCCGCCUGCAACCGAAUAUGCAGAAAUGUCUAAAAGACGACAUGCAGGGGAAUCAGAUUGUGGCCGGAGAGUACAGUAUUACCGAUGCACCAGGACAGAAAAUUAACUAUGUGGUGCGCGAUAGCAAAGGCCACAUAAUGUCUCAGAAAGAAGACAUUAGCAAAGGCAAAUUUUCCUUCACAUCCGAGAUGUACGAUACAUUUGAGAUCUGCUUCAUUUCACAAGUGCCGCCAACUCAUCGUGGAGUGGUACAGGAUGUAGCCCUUGACAUCAAGAAGGGUAUCGAAACCAAGAGUUAUGAAGGGAUUGGCGAAGCGGCAAAACUGAAGCCCCUCGAGGUUGACCUCAAACGUUUGGAAGAUCUGUCCGAUGCGAUCGUGCAAGAUUUUGCCAUGAUGCGGAAGCGUGAAGAAGAGAUGCGAGACACCAACGAGAGCACCAACAAUCGCGUGCUAUUCUUCAGCAUCUUUAGUUUGUGCUGUCUACUCGGUCUGGCUACUUGGCAAGUGUUGUACCUCAGAAGGUAUUUCAUCGCUAAAAAACUGAUCUAAAAUGGUGAACUGUUGGGACCGAGUAUCACCCUCAAAACAACAACGUGAUCGUCAAUCGAAACUUUGCGAAUUUGUGUAUUUCCGAGAGAGCGUGUGUGAGAGUGAAUGUGAAUUAGUGAAACAAUAAAUUACAAUAUACUUUUGAAUGAUGUACUUUUAAAAGCUGAAAACGAUCACCGGACUGGAUUACUGAGGAGUAAUAUCCCGAUUCGCUGAUUUCUCAACGAGCUAAUAGUGACCGACGAUUCUCAUACGAUUUUCCAAAAUUUAUACGUGCUUCUUAUUUUUUCGUCACGAUUUGCAGCAGCCAUUCAAAAACUGUAUGUUCCGGCGGUAGCUACUGAGUAUUUAAUUUGUUUUUCUGGUUUCUAAUGGUGGGGACAUUUGUGUACGAUUUUCACUGAGCUCAAAUUUAAAUAUCUGUUUCGGCUGUCAUAAACAGCAGUUUUUAGCAAAUUUAGUUAUUGGAAGUAUAAGUUUGAAAUAAUUCAAUAAACAAAAUGAUAAAAACUAA